CCAGAACACGCCCUCCAUCCUCUAGAGACACGUACAUUCUCUAAUCCUCUUCCCUUCCUCUUCCCUUGAGUUUAUCGCGUGUGGGACUCGACCUUCACCCAUAAAGAUAAUUUCACUUCACUUCAGCUUCUUCUACAUAUUGUAGUCUGAUGAGAAAAGACGACUCGGCUCUACCGUCCUACAACACACACGACAACAUGUUCGCCAUCGCCACCAUGCCCGCUUUCCCAGCUCCAACUGGUGAUAUGAGCACCAAUCCAUCUUGGAACCACAAACACAGUCAGAAUCAUUACCGUCCAUCAGCCUCAUCCCCGCUCUCCUCAUCACCCAUUCGCGCGACUUCUCCGCUUUCCCCCCGCUCCGAAAACGACCUCAACUACAUCACACGUCAGACCCAGUCCUCUCCGAUAUCCUCCUCCGGCCCAGCAUCCAAGUACUUCAGAUACGCAACACGGCAGAUCAAACCAAACCCCCGACAACAACGGCGGGAAGAGGCCCAAGAAAGCCGGCGGAAGCUCUUCCUUCAGAACGUGCGGCAGCGUGCUGAUGACAGAACAUACCAACGAAGAGAUGUCGAGGGCAAGCUACUCAAGUCGAGUUGGGAUCGCGAAAUGCGGCAACGCAUCCUCACGAAACGGAUGGAGGGCGACGCCUUCUUCUCCGAGGCGGACAUCGAUGAUGCGGCCGAAAUCUUGAUUCAGGAACGCCAGCGUGAGGACGUCGGUCAGGUACGGCAAUCCGAUGCCAAUGCGGAUGAAAUGAUGGUCGAUGAGAUUGCCCUGCAGGAAGAGAGGGAACUAGAAGCGCUCCUCAUGUCCUACGACGAGCGACCGGCUGGACAACAAUCACAAGACGUCGUGCAACGGCCGGAUCCCCCCAGCCUAUCGGAUGACGAAGACUACGAUGCCAUAUUCAUGGAGUUGGCAUCCGGGUCUGAGGGUACGGACCUCGUUUCUUCACAACAGAUGGACAUAUCAUGAGUACUGCUGUGGAUGUUUGAUUAAUUAGACUGUACAUGUGAGAGACAUGGUCAUACUUCGGUACAUGCUGAUGGUUCUUGGCUUCGGGCGUUCUCGAUUUCCGGCUGGGCGUUUAGGGGCAGUUCUGGACUUGGGGGUGUUGGACAGUAUUUGUAUUAUUCCCAGGGGUGUACACAGGAACACUCCCCAAUUGUUAACAUAUAUGCGAUAGCGGACGGGUAUACAUGGGACAGAUUAGACGCCCAGAUGC